AUGCACAAGAGAAAUCAGUCAACCAUCACAGAAUUUUUCCUCGUGGGAUUUGGAGACCUCCACAAUGUCAAGAUUUUUGUUUUCACUAUUUGUCUGAUCAUCCACAUUUUGGCUCUGACAGCAAAUAUCCUGGUUAUUGCCCUGGUCGGUGUAACCAAGAGCCUCCACUCCCCCAUGUACUUCUUUCUCAGCCAGUUGUCCUUGUCUGAAAUCCUGUUCACCAGUAACAUUGUGCCCAACAUGUUAUGGCUGAUACUGGUGGGAGGAGGAAAAAUAUCCAUUGCUCGGUGUAUGGCUCAGUUUUACUUAUUGGGGGUUCCAACCAUUGCCCAAUGCUUACUGUUGGCGGCCAUGUCGUUUGAUCGAUAUGUUGCCAUCUGCAGACCAUUACACUAUGCCAUUAUCAUGACCUUCAUUCAUCAGCUUCUGAUGGUCGCUUCCUGCUGGUUUUUGGGAUUCACCUUGUCCCUUUUUAUAUACAUUUUUUUACGAAAGUUAAAAUUUUGUAAUCUUGACAUCAUCAACCACUUCUACUGUGAUAUUGCUCCUCUUCUACGACUGUCCUGCUCCAAUACGUCUGCUGUAGAGCUGGUCACUGCUGUGGGCUCCUUUCCAGUCCUUCUGACCCCAUUCAUGACAAUCGUAGUCACCUACAUUAUAAUCAUUCGGACCAUCCUCAAGAUCCGCUCCAAUGUUGGGAGACAUAAAGCCUUCUCCACCUGCAGCUCCCACCUGAUCAUUGUGUGCAUGUACUACGGGACAUUGACAUCCAUUUAUAUCUUCCCACCAAGAGACAACUCCAUAGAUCUGAACAAAAGUCUCUCUGUCCUAUACACACUGGUGACACCAUUGUUCAACCCUCUUAUCUACAGCUUGAGGAAUAAGGACAUUAAAGCUGCCAUUUUUAAAAAUAUUCAAGCUUUAAGGCUAAGGAAAGCAGAGAAAUCAUAG